AUGCCAGAAAUAAAAGAAAUUCAAACACAAGACUCCGCACGAAAAUAUGGUCCGAAGGCGACGUUGGCACAAUGUUUGGCCACAAUAGCGCAGAGUUUUCUGUUCAUCAGAUUGGGCAUGAACAUAUCGAUAUCUGUGAUAGUCAUUCACGACUUGUAUCGGAAUCUAAAUAGUGAAUUCUCAAUAACGACCACCGAGGCCUCGUGGUACGGAAGCUUGUUGUUCAUAGCCCACCUGGUCGGAUGUCUACUGUCGGGGAUCCUGCAAGACAAGUUCGGAAAGAAAAGCUGUAUGAUACUCGCAAAUGUGCCAAGUAUCUUCGGAUACGUGCUGCUGUACUCGGCACACUCGUCGGUGUUAUUGUGCGCGUCGACCUUACUGAUGGGAUUCAGCGCCGGAUCCACCUCGUCGUACGUCGGAGAGAUAUCGGAACCUAGGCUCAGAGGAUCACUGGGUUCGCUGGGAAGAACGGCCAUGAGAAUAGGCACGUUACUCAUGUACAAUGUACAUCCUGGGACUGUUUUUCGACUGGAGGACCGUGGCAUUGCUCAUCAUGUUCUGCCCCAUUAUAUGCAUAUGUUUCAUCAUUUUCAUUCCGGAGUCACCCGUUUGGUUGACCCAAAGGCCAAAAUGAUUAGGCCGAAAAGGCCAUGUGUUGGUUGA